CGCGGCCCGCGGCGGCCGGCGGUUCCUGGGACACCUGCUCGCUUCGCCCGUCCGGCGGCUCAGGGCUUCCCCGCUGCGCUCCCGGUUUGCCGGACAGGAAGAAGGGCUGGGCCGUCCCGUCCCAUCCCCAACGGAACCCCAAGUCGCGCCGCUGACCCGUCGCAGGGCGAGAUGAGCGCGGACGCGGCGGCUGGGGCGCCCCUGCCCCGGCUCUGCUGCCUGGAGAAGGGUCCGAACGGCUACGGCUUCCACCUGCACGGGGAGAAGGGCAAGCUGGGCCAGUACAUCCGGCUGGUGGAGCCCGGCUCGCCGGCCGAGAAGGCGGGGCUGCUGGCGGGGGACCGGCUGGUGGAGGUGAACGGCGAAAAUGUGGAGAAGGAGACCCACCAGCAGGUGGUGAGCCGCAUCCGCGCAGCACUCAACGCCGUGCGCCUGCUGGUGGUCGACCCCGAGACGGACGAGCAGCUGCAGAAGCUUGGCGUCCAGGUCCGAGAGGAGCUGCUGCGCGCCCAGGAAACGCCGGGGCAGGCCGAGCCGGCGGCCGCCGCCGAGGCGCAGGGGGCUGGCAAUGAAAAUGAGCCUCGCGAGGCCGACAAGAGCCACCCGGAGCAGCGCAAGCUUCGGCCUCGGCUCUGUACCAUGAAGAAGGGCCCCAGUGGCUAUGGCUUCAACCUGCACAGUGACAAGUCCAAGCCAGGCCAGUUCAUCCGGUCAGUGGACCCAGACUCCCCAGCUGAAGCUUCAGGUCUCCGGGCCCAGGAUCGCAUUGUGGAGGUGAACGGGGUCUGCAUGGAGGGGAAGCAGCAUGGGGACGUGGUGUCCGCCAUCAGGGCUGGCGGGGACGAGACCAAGCUGCUUGUGGUGGACAGGGAAACUGACGAGUUCUUCAAGAAAUGCAAAGUGACCCCAUCUCAGGAGCACCUGAAUGGUCCCCUGCCUGAGCCCUUCACCAAUGGCGAGAUACAGAAGGAGAACAGUCGUGAAGCCUUGGCAGAGGCAGCCUCAGAGAGCCCCAGGCCAACCCUGGUGAGAUCCGCCUCCAGUGACACCAGCGAGGAGCUGAAUUCCCAAGACAGCCCCCCAAAACAGGACUCCACAGCGCCCUCGUCUACCUCCUCCUCCGACCCCAUCCUGGACUUCAACAUCUCCCUGGCCAUGGCCAAAGAGAGGGCCCACCAGAAGCGCAGCAGCAAACGGGCCCCGCAGAUGGACUGGAGCAAGAAAAACGAACUCUUCAGCAACCUCUGAGCGCCCUGCUGCCAGCCACCCGGUGACUGGCAGGGCCGAGCCAGCCUUCCACCCCACCUUUUUCCUUCUCCCCAGUUACUCCCCUGAAUCAACGUACAAAUCAGCACUCACAUGCCCUUUCUUGACAAAUGAUUUUUCUAGAGAACUAUGUUCUUCCCUUACCUUAGGGAAGGUGAAUGUGUUCCCGUCAUCCUGCAAUUAGAAAGGAGACUCUGCCUCCCUCCUCCUCACUGAGUGCCUCAUCCUACCAGGUGUCCCUUUGCCACUCUGCCUGGGAUAUCGCUGGGACCUGCACCAUGCCAGGAUCGUGGGACCAGGCGAGAGGGCACCUUUCCUUCCUCCCCCGUGUGAUAACUGGGUCCAGGGCUGAUCAUUGACUGCAGAACUGCCACUCUCAGUGGACAGGGCAUCCGUUAUCCUGAGAGCUGUGGCAGACACAUCUUGCUUUCAUUUGAUUUUUGUUGUUAAGAGUGCAGUAUUGCAGAGUCUAGAGGAAUUUUUGUUUCCUUGAUUAACAUGAUUUUCCUGGUUGUUGCAUCCAGGGCAUGGCAGUGGCCUCAGCCUUAAACUUUUGUUCCUACUCCCACCCUCAGAGAACUGGGCAGCACGGGGAGGGUUUGGCUACCCCUGCCCAUCCCUGAGCCAGGUACCACCAUUGUAAGGAAACACUUCAGAAAUUCAGCUGGUUCCUCCAAA